UCACGUCGAAAACGGCGCGCGAAGCGGAUCGCGUAGCGGUAGAGGUCGCGCGCGAGUGUACUUACAGUUCUCAAAUUUAAAAAAGUUUUUGAGAAGGUCUUCGGUUUGAAGGAACCAUAAAGAAUAACAGAGUUUUAAAGACUGGUUAGGUAUGUCGAAGGAGGGUUCGAGGUUUAGUAGAUUAGGGGUGCUAGCCCCGGCUGCGCUGUCAGCGUGUAUGGACGCGUCGGUGCUGGCGGUGCCGGCUGCGGGGGCCAUCGUCUCCACAGUCCUGAAGGAGCUGAGCAAGGCUUUUAUGCUCAAAAAAUGGUUCCACGGCGUAAUGUCAGCGAAGGAAGCUGAAGAUUUGAUCAUGGAGAAAGGCAAGAACGGAUCCUUCCUCGUGAGGGAGUCGCAGGCACACCCGGGGGAGUAUGUGUUGUCGGUUCGAGUCCGGGGCAGGGUCAGUCACGUCCUCAUAAGAAGACAGCAAAACAAAUACGACGUAGGAAGUGGUGAGCAGUUUGACGACCUGGUGGGCCUCAUAGAACAUUUCCGCUCGUACCCCAUGAUCGAGACCUCGGGAGAUGUUCUGAGGCUGCUGCAACCUGUCAGCGGAACCUGGCUGAAGGCGCAAGACAUAGACAAGAAGGUUCAGGAGAUGCAGGAAAUGGAAGAUUCGCACAGACUGGAUAGCAGAACCGGCUUCGAUGGUGAAUUCCAGAACCUGAAGAUGCUGGAGGAGCGCCAUCUGUUCACAGUCAGCGAAGGAAUGAAGAUCGAAAAUGCCAACAAAAACAGAUACAGGAAUAUAUUACCAUAUGAUCAAACCCGCGUGGUCCUUCGAAGUAGGAACAACCGGCCGGAAGCAGAUUACAUCAACGCAAAUUACAUCAGGACUUCCAGGCUCUGUGACUCUUCCAGCUCUGUGCAGUCCUCCAACGAAAGUCUGGACAGCGUCAAUUCUUUAAUAAUGAGAAACGAGUUAAAGAAACCCACUCCGUUGGUUUCAAAGUCGCUAUCAGACGAUGCGCUGCGAGAGGCCAAGAUGAGUUUCCGACUGGACAAGAUCAACGGAAACCUAUGCAGAGAUGCAGUGAAAGACAAAGUGUACGUUGCGGCCCAGGGCUGCCUUCCUAACACCAAAGACGACUUCUGGCGGAUGAUUUGGCAAGAAGAUAUCAGGAUCAUAGCGAUGAUUACUAAUGAAUAUGAGAAUGGGAAGAAAAAGUGUGAGCGUUACUGGCCAAUGUCGAGUUGUGAAGAACGCUUUGGGGAUCUGCUGGUGAAGUCUAUCACCGAAACACACUACGAGGACUACCUUCUUCGGGAGUUUGACGUGUGUGACGACAAGAACACAUGCCGGACAGUGUAUCAGUUCCAAUUCACGGCUUGGCCGGACCACGGGACCCCUUCAGAAUCAGAUGGAGUUCUAAAUUUCAUCGCCGACAUCAACCGGCGGAUGUACCACAUCAUGCAGAGCAAAAAUGCACCAGAGCAGAACAUACUGUGCGUGCAUUGCUCGGCCGGCGUCGGCAGGACUGGCACAUUCAUAGUGCUCGACAUGCUGAUUGACAAAAUCAAAUCAUCAGGGUUCAACUGCGAAAUAGACGUGCACAGCACUGUCAAACUGGUGCGGGCCCAGAGAAGUGGUAUGGUACAGAACAAAUCGCAGUACCGCUUCAUAUACCUGGCGCUGCAGGAUUACAUCGAUAAUAAGAAAAUCAAAUUGAGGAAAAAGGUGUACACAUCAGAUGCGUAGCGUGCCUAUGUUGAACCACCAAAGUGUUUAUUUAAGGACAAGUCUAUUUAAUUAAUUUAAGUCAUGUGAUUUUGAACAAAUGCUAGUUACAUAGAAGCUUCUGUAUUCGCUGCAUACAGUCAAUCAUUAGUUGAUAAGUCUACAAAUAUAGUCCUUCUGACAUUCGUCCCGGUUAUAUCCUGUAGGAAAGCCUAGGGCUAUGAAGGACGAUAAGUUUACUAAAAUAUACGUUACUUUUUUUUC